GCACACAAAAAACCUCCUAAUGCAGACCAUAAAUCUUCUAAAACAUACCAAGAAACCUCACAAAGCAAACCACAAAUUUUUCAUGUGCAGACCAAAAACACGAUAAAGCAAACCAAAAAAAACAUACAAGAAACCUCUCAAUGCAUGCCACAAAUUCCCUAAAACAAACCAUAAACACCACAAACCAACACCACAAAUAUUUUGAAAGCACACAAGAAAACUCAUAACGCAAACCAUAAACACCGUAAAGCAAACCACAAAAACAAACCAGAAACGUCCUAAUGCAGACCAAAAAUAUAUUAAAACAAACCAGAAACCUCACAAAGCAAACCACAGAAUAUAAAAAAACACACCAGAAACCUUAUAAUUCAAACCACAAACACGUUAAAGCAAACCACAAAAACAAACCAGAAACCUCCUAAUGCAUACCACAAAUAUCUUAAAACAAACCACAAACCCCUCAAUGCAAAACACAAAAUUUUUGAAAGCAAACCAGAAUCUUCUCAAUGCAAACCACAAACACGAUAAAGCAAACCAGAAACUUCGUAAUGCAAAUCACAAACGCGAUAAAGCAAACCACAAAAGGCAUACGAAAAUAUGAGAAACCAAACCAUAAAUCUCACAAUGUAGACCAUACAUCCGGUGGUCGUUGACCGUUGACCGGUCAACAAAGACCGUUGACCGGUCAACGAAGUUCGUUGACCGAACUCCGGUGACCGUCAGUCAACAGAUUCCGACGCCGAUAGGCAUAUUCCGGUCCUGAUGACUAGAUUCCGACGCCGGUAAGCAUAUUCCGACCGCGGUGAGCAUAUUCCGACCGCGGUGGCAUAUUCCGAUGACAAAAAAGUAUAUUCCGGCAACAAAAAGCAUAUUCCGGUGACCGGCGACCAUUUUCCAGCGACCGGUGGCAGAAUUCCGGCAACCAAAAUUUUGGCCCGAAAAUAAAAAAAUAUUUUUUUAUUUUAUUUUUUAUUAUUAUUUAAACAUAUUUUUCAUAAUGACAAUUAUACCCCUACUUUGAUUUUAUACUAGCUCAACUCAUCUAAUAAAAAGUCAUCACAACCCUAGCUUCCUAUUGGUUGGAGACUAGUGUUGUUACAAUAACAACACAAGGGGUGUUGUCAUACUAACCGGUCCCCUAGUCUAGUGAGAAACCAAUCCGUCCUUCGAGUCGGGGAAAGGGAGAUUGGUGUCGUCAUCCCGCCCGCUGACGUAGAACCAAACCACAUCCCGUUAGAUCUCCUUUCCCGCGACUCCCUAAUUCGUCACAAGCAUCACCAACUCUACACCCGUCCUCACCCGAUAGCACCUCCUUUGCGGCAGCGGACACGUGGCUCCAUCCUGUCGCACUCAAUCACUCGAGCUACACCAGCACGCUUUCUCACCCAUUUCAAUAAUCUUGUAAUUUUUCUUCUUUGAACCGAUUUUUUUAAAGAAGAACUCCGCCACCGUCUUCUUCCCAGCUCUCCCACUUCCCACCAAUUAAGUUACUAUAAAUUUCCUCCAGCCGAAGACUCCCAAUCAUCAUGCACAUCGCCGGCGAUCACAAUGGCGGUCGACGAGUCAUCGGGAAGCGCUCUCCACAGGGCUCUCGUGGAUCGGUGCCUGAGCCUGGAAGCGAGCCACUCGAGGCUGAAACAGGAGCUGUUCCAUCUUCUGGAGGAGGACAAGUCGAGACGGAGGGACGACGACUCCAGAUCAGGCGGGACCUUGGCGAAGAAUGACAAUCGUUCGGCGGAGUUGACGUCAUUGACCGGAAUGGUUACGACAUUUUCCGGCCGGUCUUUCUUUCCCGGGUACUUCGUGGAGGGGACUCCUUACCGCCGGGUGCUCGAGUCCAUGGGGCACGCUCUUCACGUAUGCAGCGCUUCAUCUGGACAGAUCGUCUACUGGAAUCGUGCUGCUGAAAUGCUGUACGGGUGGCAAGAGCACGAGGUCAUCGGCCGGAGCAUGGCCGAGCUACUUGUGGCUGAAGGGAACCAUGCGUCCCUUGGGAAGAUCUUGGAGCUUUUGAGUUUUGGGCGGUCGUGGUCUGGGCAAUUCCCUCUUAGGAAGAGGUCGGGAGAGAUUUUUAUGGCAUUGGUCACCAAAAGCCCAAUGUACAAUGACAAUCAGCUCGCCGGGAUCAUCACGGUUUCAAGUGAUGCGGCGGUCUUCAACAAGCACAAUUUAGAGAACCUCAGCAAUGUUACAAUUAAAGACACCAACUUCAGGAGGAUUCAGUGGCACCAACGCCCAGCCAUUGCAUCGUCAGUUUCUAAUCUGGCUUCAAAGUUUUUGCCUAGAAAGAGCGAUGAUGAUGGUAGUUAUGAUGGCCAUUGGGGUUCCUGGGCUGAUGCACAACCUGCAGCCAUUGUCGAAGACCAUCACUUUGGUUCACUAGACCCAAGAGCUAGUAGUAAUACCUGUCGUCAGAACGAGAAGAAUGGCACCAACCGGAGUCGUCAUCCAAAAAUUUUGCUGCAGGCAGCUAAAAAGUUGGCAAGUUUGCGCAUUGGAGGGUUCAAUGAUAGUAGUAAAAAUGACGAAGAGAACGGUCAACAUUAUAAUGGUGGUGGUAGUUCCGUUAACAAUGGGGCUUUCAAAAACACUAAUCAUCAUCGAGGAUCAAAAGCAUCGGUAUAUGAUCACUGCUCUGUCAAUGGCAAGGCUGAAGCAAAGAGUCCUCCUAAACACGAAGGAAACUCUUUGGUCCCUAUUAGGAAUUUUUAUAAUAUUUAUGGACGGAGCAACCGAUAUCCUUCAGAAGAGAUGUGUGUGUCAACCGCUGUGGAGGAAGGAAAUCAAUUCCAGAAGCUGAAUGAUGCAAAGGAGCAGACAGAGGUAGACCGGGAACCCUUGGAAACUGAAGAAGAUGAAAGAGGCCGAGGAUCAAACGGGGAACAGGUCUCAUGUGUUGUGGGGAGCAAUGGCAUUCGCGGAAGGUCCUCGAGUAAGGGCGAUAAUGAUUCGAGUUCAAAGGUAGAUUGCGAGAUUAAAUGGGAGAACCUUCAAUUAGCAGAGGAGGUUGGGCAAGGUGCAUUUGCCGCUGUCUAUCGAGCAAUCUGGAAUGAAUCGGAUGUUGCUGUCAAGGUUUAUUUUGCUAGCGACUAUAGAGAAGAAACAUUACAUGAGUACACGAAAGAGAUUGAGAUAAUGAAGAGGCUUCGACACCCAAACGUGUUGCUUUUCAUGGGUGCUGUGUAUUCACCACAACGACUGGCCUUGGUCACAGAGUUCUUGCCAAGGGGAAGCCUUUUCAAGACACUUCACAGAAACAACCAGACUCUGGAUAUCAAAAGGCGGCUCAAGAUGGCUCUGGACGUUGCUAAAGGGAUGAAUUACUUGCAUCAUAGAAACCCACCAAUUGUGCAUAGAGAUCUAAAAUCUUCCAACCUGCUUGUUGACAAAAACUGGAAUGUCAAGGUUGGGGACUUUGGUCUGUCGAGGUGGAAGCAUGCAACCUUCUUGUCUGCAAAGUCAGGAAUAGGAACGCCUCAGUGGAUGGCACCUGAAGUCCUCCGCAACGAUCCUUCGAACGAGAAGUCUGAUGUCUACAGUUUCGGGGUCAUCUUGUGGGAGCUAAUGAAGGUCUCCAUCCCAUGGGAUAAACUCAACUCCUUGCAGGUGGUUGGAGUGGUAGGGUUCAUGGACAGAAGACUGGAACUGCCUGAAGGUCUGGAUCCCAGGAUAGCUUCCAUUAUCCAAAACUGUUGGAAGAGUGAUCCGCAGCAACGGCCGUCGUUCCAAGACCUCAUUCGCCAAAUGACGAGCAUAAGUCAUCGCGCUGUGGCAGCGCAAGUUCAGAGAGCAGCUACUGAGACGUGAAGGGGUUACAUCUCACAUGGCGGGCUAUGAGAAGGACAUGAAUGCUUAUCUUACUUGUCGACGAGUCUGGCGUUGGGUGAAUCGGCUCGGGCGGUUUGGGAGAGUGAAUGUUGCCGCUCCAAGCUCCUCCGAGGGAGAAGAGGUCUUUCUUUUUGUUUGUUUUCCCUUCCUCGGGUUGUAACUUGUAACAAAAGAAAAGACGGCUAAUAAAGAAUGGCGGAUCGCAAUUUGUGCUCUGUAAUCUCUGCGUACUGAGAAUGUUGAAUCGUAAUGGCAGAAGUUCAGUUGUCAAAUGGGAUUUGGCAUUUGGAUGAGGGUGCUUGGACCGGAAACAUGAAACGUAAGUACGUAACAGUGCAUGUAAUUUUUCUUCUGAUUUCAUGGAAAUAUAUCCAAAUGUUCUUGUCAGGCCCGAGAAAAUAAAGAAAGUGAGAAGAGAAGGGUAUAGAUAGUGAAGAACGGAAGAUAUUGCAAAGAACCAGCCUUUGGGUUAAAUCUAAAGAGUAGAGCGUGAGGAAGGCUAAGAAGUGAAAGUAGGUGUGGUAAUUAUCAAUCCUAUGUAUUAAUUCAAUCCACCAAUUCAAUUCAUUGUGGAAGGGUAAUUUGAGCGUUAUUUUUGGUUUAUUUGAUAGAGAAGUGUACUGAUGGAUAAGUUAUUUCUAGUUCGCUGAAGAAACUUGACAAGGAACUAGUACUUCAAUUUUUACUCCGGGUGAUUUCUGGUGCUCACUAGCUACUUAAUAAUUAUUUUGCUUGUAUUUCUUGGCUCGCAAGUAUCACAAGUGUCUAUCUCUAGCUAGCUUUGGUCAUCUCCAUGUUUAGGGCUGUCCAUUUGGUUUUAACCGAAACCAAACCAAUUGGAAAGCUAAUGGUUUCAGUUUUUUGGUUUUAAACCAAUAAGCAACUUAAUGAUUUUGGUUUGGUUAAAACCGAAAAACCAAUAGAAACCAUUACGAAACCAAUAAGAAUAAAAUUAUUUA